AUGUCUCAAACGCCCCAAAUCAUACCAACGCACCUAUGCAGCGUAACAGUCACCCUUGCCCCUAGCCUCUCCCCCAUCCCGCUCCUAGGCGGCGGCACCCGGAUCCUGUCACCCAUAACUGGCGGGACGAUCACCGGCGCCGGGUUCAACGGGACGAUCGACGGCGGGCUGUCAGCCGCAAUCCACCUUGACGAUCAUUCUCAUGCUGACGCUGUCCCCAAAAAUAGCGACAGUAACAGCAACGACGGCACGACGACAGACAAAAUCACCAAGCUCGCCCUGAUCCACGUCUACGGGCACGCGGACGAUGGAUCCCCCUUUUACAUUGAGGAGGCCGGAAUCGGGGCCGUGGAGAAGCAGAACACUCGGGUCAUUCUUCAGGUCGGGGGGCGGUAUGCUCCUCUGCAGGAGGCCUUUUUGCUCGGGCAGCCUGGGAGGGAGCCGGGGGGGUCGGGUGCACGGGUCGAGUGUUGGGUUGUGCCCUUGUAG